AUGCGGCCGAUAAUAUUCCUGUCUUUAAUUUGUCUUUCAACCGCUGCCGCCGCAGACCAAGAAGAUAACUGUCCACCAAACAUAGCCAGAGACCAGUUUCUGAAAGUCAACGGUGUCAACUGCUACCAGUUUGUUCUAGGCUACAAGCUAGACUACACCACAGCACAACAAUUCUGUACCAACCGAGGAGGGACAUUGCUUCUGGUCAAAUCAAAAAAUGUUACAGAUUUCAUUAUCGACCAGCUAACCUUUGAGUUCAGCAACGCUAACAAGAUUUGGAUCGGUCUAUCAGAUAGAGACACUGAAGCAGAGUUUCUUUGGGAAGAUGGAACGCCUUUGGGUGACUAUACCAACUGGGGUCCUCACAGUGGUCCUAGCCAUAACACCACUACAAGUGGCAUACAGGACUGUGUGACCUUUGAUCCCAACAAGGGCGGGCUUUGGGAGGAGGACGUUUGCUCAGACUUAUUUCUUGGGUUAUUUACUCAUGAACGCCCAUUUGUGUGCCAAUAUAGGCUUCGAGGAAGUUCCACGGUACUUCUAGCGUAA